UAUGGCGCGAGUGAGAGCUUGGGGUACACCGCGGACUUCCGCCUCAACCCGAUGUGCUUGCGGGAUAAGGAUCUCUGGCUUAUGCGGUGCCCACUGAUAUGCAACUGGGCGGUUGAGUUUCAUUUGCCGCAUCGCGUGUAUCGUAGUUUGGUAUUUUCCAGCCUCACCCGCCGGAUUGGAUGGACACUGAUAAAGCACUUCAUAGGUUGGAUAGGAGAAGGCAAUGGAAGAUAAAGGACUGGGCCAAGCAUCAUUCUGCGUAUGUUACCCGCUUCCAGCUUUGUGUGGAGCAAGCUCGUAGCACUGCACGCGCCCCGCUUCGUGAGCACAACUCACUUGCUUUUGAUAACUACGUACGAUGGUUUAUUGGAACUACUCGAGUUGAGAUAUGCCCGCCGGCAUAUAAUGAGGAUAUUCUUGAAGAACCCGUAAACUUUGAGGAUCUAGCAAAGGGGAAGUACAACAGAGAUGUCAGGCUAGGGCAAGGAGUCCCUACUGUUCCGGUGAUUAACUAUGUGGUAAAGUGUUCCCCUCUUUACUUCUCCCACCACCAAGGGAUCUCACCUUCCCCCUCCGUGUCCUCCACCCCCUUCAUUGUUUCCAUACCGAUGAAAAUGGCAAUAUAA